GAGAGAGAGAGAGAUUGAAAGUGUGAAUGAACCAGUCACACAAAACUGCUGGACACAUACACAAAUCAUUAUGCAGUAAUGCCCUUGAGACUUGCUGUGCUGACAAGUCACAUCCAUUCAGUGUAUACAGAAUGACCUCCGAACAUGAAGUUUCCAGCCACUUUGAGAAAACUACUGUGGACAUUGAUGCCAUCAUGGAUAAUGUUACCAUUGUCCUCUACACCAUCACCAUUGUCCUGGGCAUCACUGGGAACUCUGUGGUCAUCUGGGUGGCCGGCUUCCGUCUGAAGCCCAACGUCACCAACGUGUGGUUGGUGAACCUCGCCGUGGCCGACCUGAUUUUCUGCUUUACGCGCGUUACGUCCCUUCUCAAGAAGCUCUUUUUUGACCACUGGCCUUUUGGAGUCUUCCUCUGCAAGUUCAAUGGCUUCUUCAAGUACGCCAACAUGUUCUGCAGUGUUUUUCUGCUGGCCGUCAUAAGCUUGGAUCGAGUGCUCUGCGUGUGGCGUCCAGUGCUCACCAGGGAAAGACGGACAUUGUGUGCGGCACGUGUGGUCAGUUUGGGGGUUUGGAUUGUUGCGAUGAUCUUCAGUUCGCCGUACUUUGUGUAUCGGGAGGUCUACCUGGGGGAGAAAAACUUGAGCAAGUGCUCACUGGAGGUAAAAGAGUCAUCGAAGAACGAUAAUACAGCCAAAAACGCCCUGUACAGCAUUCGCUUCUUAUGUGGAUUUCUUUUGCCCUUCCUGGUUAUCCUCUGCUGCUACAUACUAGCGGGAAUUGGAAUAAGCAGAACGCAUCUCUCCGGUAAAUCGCGACCUCUCCGGAUCCUUGCAGCAUUGGUCUGUUCGUUUUUCUUGUGUUGGGCACCUUACCACUGCUUGCUUCUUGCCAAAAUGGUGGAUAAAAAGAGCCAUGCAGUUAAAGUGGGCCUGCCCAUAGCUAAGGGCUUGGCGUAUUUCAACAGCUGCAUAAAUCCGAUGCUCUACUUCUGCAUGGGACUGGACAUGAGGCAACGCUUCAGGCAAAGUCUGUCAGGUAUUUAUCGCAGGGCAUUGAUGGAAGAUGGCCAAACUGUGCAGUCUCAAGAGGGCAACAUUGAAGAUAGUUGUAACUCUGUUUCAAAGACUAAAGUGCGACACCGACCCGUGGAUACAACGAAUGUUUAAUCAAGUUUUUCAAGUUUGGAUGUAGGCUAUGUUUGCUGGAUGACUAUAUCUUUUCAUUUUUAAUACUCAAGUUUUUAUCAUUUCUCUAUCAAUGCUUCUAUCUAGAGUCAAGACACUUUGUUUACCAGGUCAUAUCCUGUGGACUCCACUAUUCAUAUUUGUGGUUAAAUGGUGCAUGGGAAACUUGAUGUGUAAAAACAUCAAAUGAAAGAUUACUCGCCUUUUGUAACAUAUGCAAUUCAUUCACACCAUCUUUAGAAACCGUUCUUGUACUAUUUCCAGCUAGUGGUAUAAGAUAAUAAAUAUUACUUCUACUUAAGUUAAAAAACACCUUGGUAGGGUUGCACCAGCCAUUUGUAAGUUCCUUGUGAAAUGAGAAUGUAAAGUAGAGGCUAGAGGCUUAGUAACUUCUAGCUAGUUUGUAACUAAAUCUGUAUCACUGCGUUUCAAUUCAUCUUCUUUUAUAAGCCCUAAUAGUAGGUACAGUGUUUGUGUUGGAAAAGUAGAUACUUUUGAGUGCAUGGCAAAAGAGAUUGCACACACUGGUACAGGAACAGGAAGCAGAAGUGGCAUGUGUGGCCAAUACACACAUCAAAAUGAAGCUCUUCUUUCCAUUAAUGGGGUCAAAUGACACGGCUAAAACAAACAUUUUCAUUUGUUUUAGAUGUCAUACAAUGUUUAUACACGAUUUAAGUUUUAAAAACGCUGUAUUUUCCACAUACCGUGCAUGUUUGUAUCUCCUCUUAGCCCCGCCCUAUGAAACGCACAGAUUUUUUACAAAGCUCAUCGCUCAGAAAAGAGAGGUGUGCUAUGAUUGGACAGUUAACCGGUGCAUAGUGAUUGGUCGAAUACUGCAAGCGUGUGACGGAAAUUUACAUUUACAUUUACAUUUACAUUUACAUUUUACUUUGGCGUUCUUCAAAUGUCAAAUCAAACCUACAUGCAUCAUUUUUUCCGACACUUACAUUUUUGCUAUUUUACGUGUCUAAUACAUGCAUGGGUAACUUAUUACACACCAAAGACACAGAAAAACACGUAUUCGGGCCAUUUGACCCCCUUAUGGUAUUUAUUCAUGCAUUAUUUCGUAUUGAAACUUAAAUUUGCUAAUUUAGUGACGCAUCCUUUAUAUUAUUUAUUAAUGCAAUGGGGCAUCACUUAACUCUGCCUACUCGCGGUGAGUUGUGGGUAAUAUCAGCCAUUAGAGUUCCCAUCAUUCUGCACAUCAAAUUUCUACCAGAAGUAGUAGACCAUCUGGGAAUCUUUGGAAUAAGUUAUUGAAUUUAAACUUAUUUACAUAACAUAAUAACGGUAAAAAUAUGUUUUUAUUAAAUAGAAUACUAACUAAUUAUGAGUAACAUUCCAUUCCAUUCCAUUCCAUUUUCUACCGCUUAUCCGAACUACCUCGGGUCACGGGGAGCCUGUGCCUAUCUCAGGAGUCAUCGGGCAUCAAGGCAGGAUACACCCUGGAUGGAGUGCCAACCCAUCGCAGGGCACACACACUCACUCAUUCACUCACGCACACACACCCUACGGACAAUUUUUUCCAGAGAUGCCAAUCAACCUACCAUGCAUGUCUUUGGACCAGGGGAGGAAACCGGAGUACCCGGAGGAAACCCCCGAGGCACGGGGAGAACAUGCAAACUCCACACACACAAGUCGGAAGCAGGAAUUGAACCCCCCACCCUUGGAGGUGUGAGGCGAACGUGCUAACCACUAAGCCACCGUGCCCCCCUAUGAGUAACAUAAUAUGUAUUAAAUAUUUCAAGUUAAACAGGUUUAAUAAUCAAAUGGUAAUUGAAAACAAUACAGAAUUAUAAAAAUCACAAUAAAUUACAUGUUAUACGUGAUUUCAUUUUACUGCUUAAUUUACACACAGCUGGUCCAACAGGUGUCCCUUUGUAGAUAUUUUUACUUUUAAAGUCAGAGAAAAAAGACUUUAUUGUAUUAGUUGCCAAAUUUGAUUGCACAGACUGUUGAAUAUUAAGGAGUUCAAUAUUAAGGAAUGUUUAUUUUGCCCUAAUUUGGAUGAUAGUAAUUUUUUUACUGUCAUUGAAUAGUAAAACGUGUACAGAUAUAUAUUUCCUUGAUUUUGGCAUUUGCUUUUUGUACCUUAGAUCUCAUCUUUUGAGUUUACUUAAAAA